AUGUCCAGAAAUCCGCUGAAGCGGCUGUCGAUGGCCCUCAAGUUCAGCACGAAUGGGAAUGCCGCUGUAUCGUCGUCAAAUCCGCCACCUACCAUCCCGGAGACCCACACUCUUUCAGAAUUCCUUACUUCCGCGAAGACAAACUACUUACGAGACAUAAAGGAUGCAAGCGUCGGGGGUGGCGAAUGGACUGUAUCUAUGGGGAACGAGGCUGGAGACCUUGACAGUCUCGCGAGUUCUAUUGCGUUUGCCUGGUUAACCGCCACGACAAAGUUCACCGAGAAAAGCGUGCCACUUAUUCAAACUGCAAAGGAUGACUUCAAGCUUCGCGAAGAAAAUCUCUACGCGUUCUUGCUAGCAGGAAUCACGAACCCCCUCGAGAGCCUCGUAUCCAUCACAGACAUCGGGAAUGACGCGCGUUUCCCUUCACAUAAAUUUGCUCUAGUCGACCACAAUCGCCUUGGAGAACGUUUCACAACGGAAAACCCAUCCGCCGAGGUCGUCGCGGUCGUUGACCACCACGAAGAUGAGGGGCUUUAUAAGGGCACGGCGGAACCGAGGAUCAUCGGGAAAGCGGGAAGUUGCGCUUCGCAUGUAGGGCUUCUACUCCGAAGCGCGGAUAAUGUUCCUGCGGAACUCGCUACGUUGCUACUCUGCGCGAUUCUCAUCGAUACUGGAGGCCUCAAAGCCAACGGCAAGGCUCUGCCCGUAGACUACGAGGCGGCAACUGCUCUGAUCCCCAUGUCCACUUACGCUUCAGAGGUUGACCCCACCUCGUAUAGUGGUGACAAGCUAGCUGAGGCACCCGCUAUCAAAACAUUGACUGCUGCUCUGUCGUCGAAGAAAGAAGAUGUCUCGCUACUCAGCGCGUACGAUCUCUUACGCAGAGACUACAAGGAAUACUCUUACCCUCUCCAAUGGGCUCCCGAUCAGCCUACCAUCAAAGUCGGAUUAUCCACCGUCCCAACCGGCGUAGCUUCGUGGGCGACCAAGGGCAAGCUCUUGGAAGCCAGCGAGCAGUGGAUGAAACUCAGAGGUCUGACAGUACUCGGUGUCUUGACCUCGUUCCGCGACGAGAAGAAGUUCACUAAGAGCGGGAGGGGCAAGCAUCGACGAGAGCAAAUUUGGAUUAUUCGCGGCGACGCUAACGUCGUGGGGAUAGAUGCGUUAGCUGAGAGGCUGUGGGAGGGGCUCAAGGCGAGCGACGACCUGAAGUUGAAGAAGCACAAGAAGUUCGAGUUGGUUCCGAAGAAAGAGAGGAAAGAGAAGGAGAAAGAGAUUAGAUGGAAGGGGUACAAGCAAGGGAACGCUGAUGCUACACGGAAGGUUACUGCUCCGUUGGUGAAGAACAUCCUAGAGGGCUCCCCGGAGGUCACAGAGGUGGCGGAGGUCCAGGAGGCACCGAAGCCGGAGGCCACAGAUGUUGUCGAGGCGGAGGUGAGGGCGAGCCAGACAGAAGCUAGGCCAAGCCAGCAGACUGACAGCGCUGCAUAUGGCGGCUUGGCCGAAGAACCAAGGAAGAGCGAGUAA